CCGGGGAGGUCGGCGGCGGCGCCGCAGUCGUGGAGAGGCAGUGGAAGCGUCGGCGGCCGGGGGCGACGCAAGUUCCGCACCGAGCCCUUCUCUUCUCGCCUCACGCUUCUUCCUCUCUCCUAGUCGCGUGCUGCCUCCCGACGGCCGCUCCUCCUGAAGAGAGCUUUCGGAGCGCGGUUGCUGAGGAGAAACCGUCACCACCCCGCCUUGGGGCCGAGUGAGGGUUCCUGUCGCGCCGCGUCGCCCGCUGCGCCGCCUCCUUGCCCUCAGUGGCGGGCGCCCUUCUCGCUCGAAGCACUCCCCCCAGCUCCAUGAAUGGAAAUCGGCUCCGCAGGACCCGUUGGGGCCCAGCCCCUACUCAUGGUGCCCAGAAGACCUGGCUAUGGCACCAUGGGCAAACCCAUUAAAUUGCUGGCUAACUGUUUUCAAGUUGAAAUUCCAAAGAUUGAUGUCUACCUCUAUGAGGUAGAUAUUAAACCAGACAAGUGUCCUAGGAGAGUGAACAGGGAGGUGGUUGACUCAAUGGUUCAGCAUUUUAAAGUAACUAUAUUUGGGGACCGUAGACCAGUUUAUGAUGGGAAAAGAAGCCUUUACACAGCCAAUCCACUUCCUGUGGCAACUGCAGGGGUAGAUUUAGAUGUUACUUUACCUGGGGAAGGUGGAAAAGAUCGCCCUUUCAAGGUGUCAAUCAAAUUUGUCUCUCGGGUGAGUUGGCACCUACUACAUGAAGUACUGACAGGACGGACCUUGCCUGAGCCGUUGGAAUUAGACAAGCCAAUCAGCACUAAUCCUGUCCAUGCUGUUGAUGUGGUGCUACGACAUCUGCCCUCCAUGAAAUAUACACCUGUGGGGCGUUCCUUUUUCUCAGCUCCGGAAGGAUAUGACCACCCUUUGGGAGGGGGCAGGGAAGUUUGGUUUGGAUUCCAUCAGUCUGUUCGGCCUGCCAUGUGGAAAAUGAUGCUUAAUAUUGAUGUUUCUGCCACUGCCUUCUACAAAGCACAACCUGUAAUUCAGUUCAUGUGUGAAGUUCUUGACAUUCAUAAUAUUGAUGAGCAACCAAGACCUCUGACUGAUUCUCAUCGGGUAAAAUUCACCAAAGAGAUAAAAGGUCUGAAAGUUGAAGUGACUCAUUGUGGAACAAUGAGACGGAAAUACCGUGUUUGUAAUGUAACAAGAAGGCCUGCCAGUCAUCAAACCUUUCCCUUACAGUUAGAAAAUGGCCAAACUGUGGAGAGAACAGUAGCACAGUAUUUCAGAGAAAAGUAUACUCUUCAGCUGAAGUACCCACACCUUCCUUGUCUGCAAGUGGGGCAGGAGCAGAAACAUACCUAUCUGCCACUAGAAGUCUGUAAUAUUGUGGCAGGGCAACGAUGUAUCAAGAAGCUAACGGACAAUCAGACCUCCACUAUGAUCAAAGCAACAGCAAGAUCUGCACCAGAUAGACAAGAGGAAAUUAGCAGAUUGGUAAGAAGUGCAAAUUAUGAGACAGAUCCAUUCGUUCAGGAGUUUCAAUUUAAGGUUCGGGAUGAAAUGGCCCAUGUAACCGGACGCGUACUUCCAGCACCUAUGCUCCAGUAUGGAGGCCGGAAUCGGACAGUAGCAACACCAAGCCAUGGAGUAUGGGACAUGCGAGGGAAACAGUUCCACACAGGAGUUGAAAUCAAAAUGUGGGCAAUAGCUUGUUUUGCCACACAGAGGCAGUGCAGAGAAGAAAUAUUGAAGGGUUUCACGGACCAGCUGCGUAAGAUUUCUAAAGAUGCUGGGAUGCCCAUCCAGGGCCAGCCUUGCUUCUGCAAAUAUGCGCAGGGGGCAGACAGCGUGGAGCCCAUGUUCCGGCAUCUCAAGAACACCUACUCUGGGCUACAGCUCAUUAUCGUCAUCCUGCCAGGGAAGACGCCAGUGUAUGCGGAGGUGAAACGUGUCGGAGAUACACUUUUGGGUAUGGCUACACAGUGUGUUCAAGUCAAGAAUGUAAUAAAAACAUCCCCUCAAACUCUCUCAAACCUGUGCCUAAAGAUAAAUGUUAAACUUGGAGGGAUCAAUAAUAUUCUUGUACCUCAUCAAAGACCUUCUGUGUUCCAGCAACCAGUGAUCUUUUUGGGAGCAGAUGUCACUCAUCCACCAGCUGGUGAUGGGAAGAAGCCUUCUAUUGCUGCUGUUGUAGGUAGUAUGGAUGCCCACCCAAGCAGAUACUGUGCUACAGUAAGAGUUCAGAGACCCCGACAAGAGAUCAUCCAGGACCUUGCCUCCAUGGUCCGAGAGCUGCUCAUUCAGUUUUAUAAGUCAACUCGGUUCAAACCCACUCGUAUCAUCUUUUAUCGAGAUGGUGUUUCAGAGGGGCAGUUUAGGCAGGUAUUAUAUUAUGAACUACUAGCAAUUCGAGAAGCCUGCAUCAGUUUGGAGAAAGAUUAUCAACCUGGAAUAACUUACAUUGUCGUUCAGAAGAGACAUCACACUCGAUUAUUUUGUGCUGAUAGGACUGAAAGGGUCGGAAGAAGUGGCAAUAUCCCAGCUGGAACAACAGUUGAUACAGACAUUACACACCCAUACGAGUUUGAUUUUUACCUCUGUAGUCAUGCUGGAAUACAGGGUACCAGCCGUCCUUCACACUAUCAUGUUUUAUGGGAUGAUAACUGCUUUACUGCAGAUGAACUUCAGCUGCUAACUUACCAGCUCUGCCACACUUAUGUGCGCUGUACACGAUCUGUUUCUAUACCUGCACCAGCGUAUUAUGCUCACCUGGUAGCAUUUAGAGCCAGAUAUCAUCUCGUGGACAAAGAACAUGACAGUGCUGAAGGAAGUCACGUUUCAGGACAGAGCAAUGGGCGAGAUCCACAAGCUCUUGCCAAGGCUGUACAGAUUCACCAAGAUACCUUACGCACAAUGUACUUUGCUUAAAAAGUCUAAGAAUAUUCUCUUGAGAGGAAGAACUGGAAGAUGAAUCGACAUACAAUUUGAUGUUUCCAGUGGAGUCAGCUGAGUGGGGAUGCCUCCAGCCAUACAGAAAGCAACACUGUGUGGGGGCCAGGGUCUGAUCUUUAUGUUGACACAAGGAAGAUUGUUUACUUCAUCAAGGAACACAGCACCAUUAUGCAAUAUGAAACCAGCCAACUGCUUUUUCGUGCGGUCUCCUGUAGGAAGUAUCGCGAUAGUUUUGUUUUCACUUUCUUGUAGUCUAACCCUUUUAAUGCCUUUACCUCAAGUUGCUUGGCAGCACAACUCUUUGCAAAAAAAAAAAAAAGUAAGAAAAAGUAAAUGAUGGUUUUUUAAAAAACACACCUAUGUGAAUAAUCAAAGUGAUUGUUCACAAUUAUGUGUGCAAAAAAUUAAUGUGCAUUCAUGUAUUCUUGUAAAAGUUAUCUGUAUAUUUUACAUAUAUACAUGCAUACUGCAUAUGCAUAUAUAUCUGGAGCUACACUGAUAAUAGAUAUAUAUGUAUCUGUAUAUAUUUUAUAGUUCAUUCCAUUGGGGAACUUUCUUUCCCUUUUAUUAUCCUCCCACCACCACUUUGAUUUCUCUCUCUACCUCCCUUGCCUUCAUCACCUGCAUUUUUUUCCCCUGAUACUACCAGUGACAUUCAGAUGUUCAUGUAUCUGGUUCAUUUGAAUAUGAAGCAUGGCAAACUAGAUAUUUUUAAUUUUAUUUUGCACACCCUACUCCUGUCUCUUAUCUCAUACACAAUUCUGAGUCCUCAACUCUUGGUAUUGCUUUCUUAAGAAACAAGAUUAUUUUAUAUAUAUAUAUAUAUAUAUAUAUAUAUAAAAUAUAUAUAUAUUUAAAAAUAUGUUUUUGUGAGAGUGAAUGUCUGCCUCCUCCUGCUCUCUCAACUUACAUUUGCCAUUUGUGCAAUGUGUACAUAAGCAGUAGCAACCUAAACUAUUCUUUUUCUUUAGUGAGUUUGUUAAAGCUGCUAUAAAUAUUUUAAAAAAAAAUCUUGUCAGAAGUUGUGACUCACUCUCUCCAUAAGUGAUAUGUAUUCUGAAGUCUUCUGUUUCUGUGUUUUAUACAUGGAAAUCCCUUAAAGCUUUUAAAAAGGGUAAAUAGUUUAAAUGAUUGGAACUGUGUAGGGUUGAGGCCUCUAAAAUUGGGUGGAGAGAAGGGGUUGUUGAGGUUUCUUUUAUUUUUUAUUUUUAUUUUUUGCUAGUUUACUUGCUGCCUCUCAUACCUUAAUGUGAUUUUCAUAUAUAUAUAUUUUUAUAUAUAUGUGUAUUGUAUAUAUAAAACAUAUAUGUAUGUGUUUUGAAGUGUAGCUUCCUUUUCUUUUAUAUUUAUUAGAAUAGUGCUUUAAUAAUUACAGAAUCAUAUUGGCAACAUCUUUUAUAGAAAUAUAAUCAUGUUUAUUUUAAGAACCGACAACUUGUUUUUGCUCUCUUUUAGUGCAAUAAGCAAUUUUAAAAGAAAGCUGUGUCUGUUUGACAUCUUUACCACAGAUAGUGGGAGAAACAGGCACCUCCAUAAUUUUAAAAGGGCAAAGUAAUAUAGCCUUAAUUUCAGAAGGAAAGUUUUAUAAUUUUCAAGUUUAAAGCAUGUCUUAUAAAAAUCAUAAUGAAAAUGAAGGAAGCUAAAUUUCCUAAAUGAGUCUUGACCUUGAAUAUUAGAAAUAAAGUUGAAAAACUUUGAUUUAAGUAAUAACAAUGACUAACUUAAGACUUAGAAGAUAUUUAAAUUAUUUGAAGAUAGAUCAUGUUUAUCAGAGAAUCAUACUGUUAAGGUGUCCAUUUUCAUUUACUAAAAUGAGUCAGGAAAAUAUAAAACGAUAUUUUAAAAACUUUUUUUGCUGAUUCAUCACCAGUGUGACUUUCCUUUUAAAAUUAGGGUUAUGGUAACAAAAGAAGUUAGGACUCUGAUCAUUUGAAAUGAGUUAAAUCACUGAAAUGUUGAAAAAAGUUUUGCAGAACUUUUAUUGACUUCACUUUAAGAUAUUAAAAAAUACUAUAAAGCUGUUAAAACCGAGUUUAUCAGUAAUCUUGGAUUCAGGGGAGCUUUGCACUUUGUAACUCAUGAAAAUUGCAUUUUAAUUUUUUUUUUUUUUUUUUUGCACUGGUUCAGAGUAUUGAUAUUACAGAUUGUUUCCAGUGGGCAUUGCUGUUAACCUUUCAGAAUUCCAUCUGCACAUGAAAACAAAUGGAUUAGCUCUUUAGUUUCUCAUACCUGUAAUGCAUACUUAUUGCCAAUUUACUGUAUAUUGAGCUUAAAAUCUGAGCCCAUGUCCUCCAACAGGUAUGAAAUCUUUUGUCCCUCUGCCAGAAAACUAAGAAAGUACUGUAUUUUGUAUAUUUAUUAUAUUGAAGUGUCUGAAAUGCAAUUUACAACACUGUUUCAAAGCUCUUUACAUAAAGUAAUGUUUGUGUAGUAUAUACAUUUUUCUCCCAACCCUCCCCCCUCCUCCAAAAAAUUUCUAUAGAGUGUAUUUUUUUUUAAAUUGAAAUUUCACUGAAUAUAGUCAAGAACAUAGGCAAGAAAAGAAAAUAGCAUAUCCUCGAUGGUAAAAAUGUUUGCUCAGUAUGAGUAAAACAUCUUCCUUUAUCAGUGGGAGUUGCACAGAUUCAUGAGGGAAACUUUAGGGCCUUUAGGGAAGAACUAUAGAUAACCUUUCCCUAUUUACCUGCUUUACCUAAUUUUCAGUCACUUAAUCUCAUAUGUGCUAAUAAAGUAAAGCCCGUGAUUUAAAUCUAUUUAGAAGGACUUUUACAGAGGAAAAAAAAUUUUUUUUAAUAUAAAGUUUUACCUUUGAAGUGAGUUCUUUUUAGGGUGCUCUUAGAGUUUCAACGUUGCUAGUUUAAAGUUGGUUAACUUGAAAGAAUAUGUAUAGUAUAUUUCUAUUUUGCUUACUAACAAAUUGGUAUAUCAAACUUAAUUAUAGGAAACUUUGUGCUUAGAAUUUUAAGAUAAAAGACUAAGUGGCAAAUAUUUUUUGAAAUUUGUUUUAAUUGUUAUUAUACUUCUGGUGUAGAAUUGCUGAUCUUUUUCAUUUAAAGAAAAAAAAAAAAGGUUGUUUUGGUCAUGAAACUCAACAGUGACCUUUCUGUUCCUGCCCUUGCUCACUAACUAUACAAUGAAUGCUAAAUUUCUGUCUGCUGUUUUCUGUGAUAUGUAAGAGUGACUUUCAAAUGUCAGUUCCAGCAACUGGUCUAAUAGAUUUUCAUGUGAAGAAGAAUUGGGGGUUUAAUGUAUAUCCUGGAUGACAAAUGUGUAAAGUGCUGAUACAUGUUUUAUAUUACAGUAUCCAGUUACUGGCAUUGAGGACCGUGCAUUUAUAAUACUGUAGCUGCUAUAUUUAUUUAACGAAGUAGAGUCUGACAGUUACUGCACUAAACAGUAAGGAGUGAGCAGGAUUCAAAGCUAGUGGUAGACCUUUUUUUUUUUUUUUUCUAAAUAAGAUUUAAGAACAUGAAAUAUCAAGGUAACAAAGGGUGCUGCCAAUUCAGUUUCAGUUUAAUAUCAGGAUACUCUUUCUUUGUUUUAGAAAUGUGGAUUUUUACUUUAGCAGUUUUGGAAAAGGGUACCUCAGUCUCCUCAGUACUGGUUUUUGGCAUAUUUUCACGGAAGUACAGAUGCCCUUUAUUUUUUUCUUAAUAUUUACCUUUUAACAAGUUUCUCAGAAAAAGUAUUCUUCUAUGGAAAUCUUCCUGUUUGUAACCUAUUAAUUUAUUUAUCUUCCUAGAAGAGAGUCUAGUUGGGAUUCUAGUAGGAAUGUACUGGGUGUUCUAGAAGGCACUUGAUACAGAUCAUCUCUACCUUCUAGCAUAGAGACCCCUAGCCUUCUAAACACUUAUACUAGUUUUCCAAACUAGGUUCUCUGGUGACCCACCACUGCCUAAAGUUUACUUACAAUAUUCUCUAAUGGAUUUUAGUAUGACAGACCUCGUGACAGGCUUAGUCAUGACAGACUUAGGUGUGCCUAGGGAAAUAAAAGCUGAGUUGCCAUUCAGUAGAAAUGGCUGGCAGAGGAUCUCAGUAUUUAAGGAAAAGGUGAACACUUAAAGUGCCAGUAAUAGAUCUGAAGGAUCUGUUACUGACGGAUUAUGAACCAGGAAUUAGAGACUCUUACUCAAGGAAUUUGGUGGGUGUCUGAUUCAGAGGCCAACAUGAAUUUGCCAUGGGUGGUGAUUUUUAUGAAAUCCAUGAAGCUAGCCACUUGGAUUCAUCUAAAAUAUUUUGUAUCCUUGCUAUUAAAACUUGAUAGUAAUGUUUUGCCAAGAAGCUUAACUGACAGCUCUGCAUGAAUUUUAUUCAGUAUUGUUAAACCUGGGUUAAGUAUUACCUUAGAUGUUCUCCUACUGAAUACUUUUUAAAGACAAGCUGCCCCUAGCAGUACCUUGCUACUGAAAUUAUCUUCUAUGAGUCAUCAGUCAAGCUGCAAAAAGACGCCGUUGAACUGGCAUCUUUAUUUUGGCUUUUUUAAUCUUUUUCAUUCUUUUUGAGAAUUCAUGGAUGUCUUAAAGCUUCAAUAAUAAUAGUUGGAAGACUUUAUAUCAAGUGAGGCCUUUGUGAGUGACAGUAUAACCCUGACUUUAGAGUCUGUUUUUAUUUUCCUUUUUUCCCUCUCAUUUGAGCAUAUAAAGCACUUUGUGAUUCUAUAGGAGUCAAAAAACAAGCCAAGAAUAAUGUGUAAAAUCAAUACAUAGAUGUGAAAGGGAGACUUUUCUCCAAAAAAAUCUUUAAAAAAAAAUCCUGCUUAUACUAAGAACAUUUUUGAUCCAUGGCAAUAUUAGAAGUGAUGCUGUGAUUAGUGAAACCUACACUGACUCAAGGAAGAAAAAUUCAAUUUCUCUCUCUCUCUCCCUCCACCCCCACAUAUAUAUAUGUAUCUCCUCAAAGGGAAAAAUAUUUUUUACUUUUUCCUACUUUUAAAGUGGUACAUUUCAAUUUAUAAUUCUCCAUGUUGGUCAAAAUAAUUUCUUUUAACUAAGAUAUAAUGGUCAAGGCUUUGUGCCAAUAUUAUCUACUGCUAGUUCAAUUUUAUUUUUCUUUACCCAUCAAAGAUAGUGCUCUGUAUUUUUACAUUAUUGUAAGUAUAUUUUGCUCUUAAAGUAUGGAAGUUAAAGAUUUUAAUUUGAAUUAAAGAUAGAAGGUUAAUAAAUUUCACCUGGAGAGUUGAGAUUUACCAAUGAGAAGCCCUGUUGAAGUAUCCGAUAGCCAACAGUGUGACAAAAUUAAGAUGCUGUAGAAUAUCCCAUCCAGACAUUGGUCUCCCUUCCUUUUUGAAAUCAAUGUCUGAGGUAACCAAACUCUAAUGUUAUAUCUAUGUUAGGGUGUAAGUAAAGCAAAGAAUGUUCUUCAGGGUAGACACUGAAUUAAAUUUUUAAACCUUUUUUUUUUUAAAGCAAGGCGGUUCUUAGAAAGUGCCUUUUCAGAAGAUGGUGCUGUAGAUUUUUAUUUUUCAAAUAGCAUGAGGCUAAAAAUUUGAAAGAUAGAUUAUUUUAGAACUCCAAGAGUAUGACCGUUUCAUAUAAAUAAUGUUAUUUGUUGUUCUCAAUCUGGUCCAAGGGAACCAAAUAAAGCUUUUAUUCAGUAAAGUAUCUAAGUAAAUGCUCACCAAAUAUAUUUUGUAAGCUUAAAAACAAUUUUUAACAGAAUUAACCCUUUCAGUUCUCAACUGUGUUGAAGGUAAUCUAUAAGGCACAUAAAACAGCAAGUUUGCUUAACUUUUUAACAAGAGUAUGGGUAUAGUAAGUGCCCAAAGGCAGAGGUAACUAACUUGCCAGAAAUUAUGUCAUAGGCUACCUUCCCCUCCCCCCCCAGCAUACUGCCCCUUUUGUAAGUAUCUAUUGGCAGCCUUUUCUAAUUAAUCUUUAUCAAAGAAGACUGCUUUAUAAAGAUAGAGCCAAGUCAUCAUGGAAAUCAGUCUAAGAGGAAGGUAAAAUGAUUAUUUCUCUAUCUUUAGGGAAAUUUUUUUCUUUUUCAGGCAGCAAGAAAUAUUCUAGAUGUUUCCCUCUUUUCUCUAGCAUAGGUGAAAAAUGAUAACAGUGCAUCUAUAUGAUCGGUUAGUUAGAAAUAGGACAUGUAAAACUGGGCUUUGGAGGAAAUAAGUAAAAGGGAGGAUAAUAGCAGGACCAUUUAUACUGGUUGGAAAUUUAGUAAUCUACCAGAAAGUUAUUUUCCCCUGAACUAGGAAGUAGUAAACAGCAGUAAAUGAUCCCCUGACCAGUUCUUGCUUGUGAAUUUGGUGAGCACUCUUCCAGAAAAGAAUAGACUUAAAAACAGACAAAAAACAUCACACCUCAGUAACCUUGUAUGCUGCAUUAUGUAAUAAUGAUAGUAAAAUUAUAUUGUUUGGAGUGUACUAUGUCUGUCUGCAAAUAUACAUGCACAUUAAACUUUUUCAUUUUUAUAAUGUCAAAAUAGCAAUUACGAGUUUAUUUUUUUAAUAUUAAUUUUUCUAUUGUGAUGUUUGUAUUUAUUGGCAAUUUGUGCGCAACUUUUAUAUUUUGCUUAGAUAUUGGUUUUAAGGUAUUUUAUUUUUAUAGACAUUUCUAGUUUUUCCUCUUUCUUUGUAAUAUUAGCAAGGAUUAAGAUGGAAUUUUAAUAUACCAACCAAACUACUAAUUCCAUAACGUCUAGAGUUUGGAUUUUUACCAAUAAACCAUUAACACUAUUUUCUAACUUAGAAUACUUAAUGUUGUUUAUAUAGUGGGCAUUAAAGACAGUCUUUAGGCAGAUUUCUAAAUGUGGAGGGGAGGUGGGGCUUUUCUUUAGAGAUCUUUCCCUUAAGUAGCAAACUAAUACUGACAGAUUGGAUUUAUUUUACCUGAUCUGCAGUUUUGGGGCAACUUGAUUGUUACACUUCUUUUUCUAACUUCAGCUACAUUGAAACUGCUUUAAAUGGUGACAUCAUCCAGCAUCAGGAUUGUGAUACCAUUUUUAUAUGCCUGGAAAACAAAUAACAAAUGACCCAAAAGUCUGUGAUAAUUGACUUUGAAAUGGGGUGUCCCCUCCCCCCACCAUAAUUAUACGGAAGAUUUGCUACUCUGAUCUUUUCCCUGCCAUACUUUUAAAGUUGAUUCUUCUUCAUCAGUGAAGAAACAGAGUUUAAGUGGCUAGGUAGAAUCAGAGAUAAAGACUGAUUAAUAUAGUAUUUCAGCUACUUAAAAAUUUAAGUAAUAAUUAUGAUUGUGAAUUAAUUGGAAGACAGUUAAAAGUAUGAUUAUAGAAUAUUAAUUUCAAGCAUAUAUGGUCACUCCAGCUUCCUAGUGAAUAGAUCAAGAUUAUUUGCAUUGACAUUAACUUUUCAUAAAGGUACAUGAAAAAAGUGAAUUCUCUUAGGUAAAAUAUUUCCACUGUAUUUUUACAUGAUGAAUUUGCUUAGUAAGCCAUUUUUUUCUGUAAGAGAUUAAGAGAGAAACUUUAUCCUUCCUCUGAGCUUUAAAUUCUAAAUUAUCAGGGUUUAAUGUAUGACACUUUGCCAUACUCUAUGCUUUCACUGAGAGGGGUAAAUGAGAAAGUUUCAGGUAGUUAUAAUUGGAAAAACAUUAUGUGAAAUUACAGUUUAAAAUGAAUCAGCAUGUGAUUUCAUAUAGAUAUUAGCCAUAUCACUUUUUCCCCACAUUUUUGCCAGUUUCAGUAGGGUUUUAUAUAGAUGAGUAUUUUUCUUGUAGAUCAGUAUUUUUAAGGCAGCUUUGAGUAGAAGUUGUCCUUUAUUUUCUUUCUUUCUUUCUUUCCAAAAGCUCAUAGGAACCUGACAUAUAGAGUUUAUUUGCUCUUUUAACUGGUUGGCUCCAUAAAUCAGGGUACCUGGCAUCAGUACUGACUUACCACAGUGAAGUACUUGGUGACUUGUUCAAGUUUACAGUCAUCUCUUAGAACUGUCAUGAGUAGUCUUAUGUGAGUAGAAAACAGAUGGGAGUGUUGGUCAUUAGAACUCUGUUCUUUGUUUUAUUAUUUCUAAAAAUUGACUGUAUGCAUAUCUAUAACUUUAUGUUUAAAGUUUAAGAGGCCAUGCCAGAGACUGGAGAAGGAGAUUACUCUGGUAUUUAAUGCCUAAAACUUUCCAUCUUUAUUUACUUCAUGGCUUUAGUUGGAAGGACAAACAAACAAAAAUACCUUAAUUUGGCCCUUUUUUUUAGAACUAAAGAAGGAAAGGCUCUUUCUACAAAAAUGUCGCAGGUGUGAUAGGAAAUCUUUGUGAAGAAAUGGACUAGUGGGAUUGUAAGAGUAUGUAGUGAGGUGGGGGAAGUGAGGAAAAGGAAAAGGUUUCUUUGCCAGAAUUCUUGGACAGAAGCCUUACAUUUGUUUGACAUUUGUCUGGUUCUCACAGUCACAUUGUAAAAGAGGAACUGUUGCUAUUUGAACCUAAGAAGAGUGUCUCUGUAACCUAUAUUUAUUUUAUGUUGUUGUCCCAGAUCUAAAGCUGCAUCUAUUUUUAUUAGAGAAGUUGCUUCUGAAUUAUAAUAAAGAAAUGAAGUAUUUAUCCUUAAAGAGAGCCAUGACAUUGCUAUCAGCAUGGCUUCUCCAGCUUUUCCCUUUAUAUAAAAAUCACAAAACUGGACCUUUCCAGACACAGUAGUCUUUCCUGUAAAGAAAAUAGUUUUUGAUAAAAGAUUUGGAGAAAACACUAGUAGGUUGUAAUGAAGGGGGAAAUUUGCCUAACAUAGACAGUCCAACCAGGUUAAUGGAUACAGUUUGAUCCCAGGGAGUUUAACAAGAGGAACCUUUGGUAGCAGGUAAACCUUUGGUUUCGGUAGCAGCAGAUUUGGACCUCCAGUGGUAAUUCACUGCAGAUGUCUCCCUGUUUGAAGGAAAGGGAAUGGUCUCAUAGUGUUGAUGAUGAUCCUGCAGAUGUGCAUGUGCCGUUUUUCUAAUUCAAAAGUCAGGACUAGCAGGCACUAACCAAAAUCUUCUAAUACUUUGGCCCUAUAAGAGUCUUUGAAAGUUUUCCAGGAGCCUUCUCAUUUCUUAGCCCAGGGUACAACCCCUUUCUCCUCUUUAAAAAAGAAUGAAAAGAAAAAGGAUUUAGAGGCAGUUUAUGUAGCAUUCUACUAUGAGUAAAUAAUAAUAGAGUCUUUAAAAUACUUGGGAAAGGAAGAUCACAUGCCACACGUUACAGCUUGAUUGAGAGACUCUUUGAAUACUCUUUUCUUGUUUGGGAUCUGAAGUUUUCCCUUUGACACAUACCAUUCUUUGAUUUACUUGAGUGCCAUCACUCUGUUUGGGAAUGUGAUCAUUGUUUCAUGCCACUUAUGAAUCAUGCAGUUCUUCUCUCGCCACACACACACACUGUUAAAAAUAGAAGGGGGAGGGAUAAAAAAAAAAAAAAAGAGAGGUAAUGAGAAUCAUUAGAAUAUAACUUUAAUAUAGAUGGAAAGAAAUCCUAACUUGGUUAAAUGAGAAUUAAGAUUGAGAGUUAGUGCUGCAGGUGUUAUCUCUGUCCCUAGAGUUUUUUGCUAGCUAUAGAGUGAUAAUGUGAACAGGGUGUAUAUCUGAAAUAUGAUGUUAUAGCAAAGUGAUAAAAUUAUUCUUGAAAGUAAUAUUUCAAUCUUCUGCAACAGAGAUGCCCACAUUCUUAAGGAAAAUUAAUGUAUAGCUCCUGGUUUUAAUGAAUCAGACUCUGAAACUUCAGAAGAUUUGUAACUUUUAUACUUAAGACUAUUCUUUCCUCUUAAUUUACAUAUUGAGUUUUUCAAACCUUAGUUCUAUAGAUACAGAUUGAUCUCUCACAUAUAUGCCUCUUGGUGUGUGCAAAAUUCCAUAUCAAAAUUUUUUUUGACUUAUUUCCUAGUCAAACCUGAGCUGUAAAGGAGAAGGCAUAAGUAUGUUUAAAAUGCAGGAACUGGGACUUCCCUGGUGGCACAGUGGAUGAGACUCGGCAUUCCCAAUGCAGGGGGCCUGGGUUUGAUUCCUGGUCGGGGAACUAGAUCCCACAUGCAUGCCGCAACUAAGAGUUCACAUGCCACAACUAAGGAGCUGGCGCAACCAAAUAAGUUUUCUUUUUUUUUAAUGUAGGAACUUUUAGAAGAUCACAACUGGAAAAAGACCAUUGAGAACUUGUUGCCUUUGAGAGUAGAAAGGGCUCUAAAAUUUGAACUGAGGUUUGGAGUUUAGUCAGAGCUCCACCACUUAUUUGUUGUGUCUUUGAAGGCAAUUUCCUUAGUCUCUGCGUGCCUAGGUUCUUAUAAAAUGGUAGUGAUAAAACCUGCCCUCACCUCCCUCACAAAGUAGUUGUAAGAACAGGAUAAUGUUUGUGACAGUGCUUGAGUUCUCCAAAAGAAAAGCUAUUCAGAAGUUCAAGGUUAAAGAUUAUCAUGUGAAGGGUUCAUUUCCAGUUUGCCUCUAUGAAAGUAUCUUUAGUUACCCUACAUCAUUUUAUCAGACAAGUAUAAGAGAAACUGAGGCUUUAUCAUGGUAUGGUGUUCACCUACAAACCUUCUCUGUUUCUCCCCUGCUAGAUAUCUAUUGCGCAGGCUGAAUUUUUCUUUAUAAUAAUCUUUGGAAAAAGUGUAACUUCUAAAACCAAACUCCUUUUAGUGGUGCUAUGGCAGCUGUGAUUGUAUUUUAAGUUAGAUUAAUGUGGUGAAACCAUUAGAUAAUCAGAAAUUAACUUUGCCUUUUGCCUCCAGGCAUUUCUGCUAUGGAUUGGUGUCAGAGGCUGUUGUACAACCAGAUCGUUAUCCCUUUGUUUCUUGCAGAUUUUUGGUACCUUUUUUUGGAGUAGGGGGUUAGGUUUUAAGAAGGAAAGUGCUUAUUUCACUUUUCACAGAAUUGACCCUUGUUUUCCAAUCACCAUGUACCUGUAAAAAUUAAAAUAUAGUAAAAGGGUUUUUUUCUUCAUUUAAAUUCAACUCUGAGGAUCUGCAGGUAAUAUCAGGCAGCCUGUUGGUGUCUGACCCAGUUAUCUUUAUGGAUGGUGGGGAGAACCUUACAUUUCUGCAGGCUUACCCACUUCCCUGGGGAGAAGGGGCUCGUGUUUCUAGGAAAAAAACAAAGGGCACAUCACCACAGGUUGUGUAAGCAAUUCCUUGUUGAAACAGACAAGUUUGUUUUGUUGUUGUUGUUAAGAAAUAAAAGGAUGCAUUUUAGGUACACAGGGUAUGAAUGCAUUCAACCUUUUUUUUUUAUAUCGAUAGAUGCUGAGCUCCCCCUUGUUGCAGGCAGUUUGGGCUUCUCCAGCUCAUCACUAACGUGGGUGAUAUCUGUCUUACUUUCAUAGGAUGAUGAGAAUGACAAGUACUGAAAAGUUGGGGAGAUUCAUGCUUAGAAAAUGAACAAAAAAAUCCACCUUGCUGGGCGAGAUAGUUGAGAACAUUGGAUAUAUCAGGAAUACUUUAAACAAUUUUUGCUGUAAUGUGUAGCUUUAAUAUCUGUUUUCAGUUAUGGACCCAUGAAAGUAUUACUGUAUCUUGUGAAUACAGAUCAUUCUUGUAAACUAGUAUAUGGAUGCAUUCAUAGGCUGUGGGAAGCAGUGGUGUGUGUGUGUGUGUGUGUGUGUGUGUAAAUAUUCUGUGUUUAUAAUACUGUGUAUUACAUAUAGAAAAAAUGUGUUGCUUUAGUGUUUUGGGGACUAAAAUUGUAAUACAUCCAUUCCGGUGUAAUCUGACCACUCACUCUAGAGAACAUGUGUAUUACACACAAAUGCACACCCCUGAAGCAUUGCUAACUGCUCCCACUUUAGAUAAUUGCUGCUUUUUUUUAAACCGGAAGUAAUGGAGGAGGAAAUAGCACUCUCUUAAAAGGGGCUUUUCUGAAAAGUAAAAUGUAAAUAUAGGACAUGUGGGGAGGGUGGGGCGACCACAAAUGUCCUGCAGAUGGGCAAAUAGCCUUUUAAAUUUUACUUUUUAACCAUCUUAACCGUGUGUGCCUAUUUGUAUUGCAGAUGUGAAAUAUUUUGGGGGGGUUAAUAUCAGUAUGUUUUGAAACUGAAUUAUUGCAUAAAAUCAAAGUAACCUCUUUCUCCAUCCUCCUUUUCCACACUGACUAUUCUUGCCAAAUAUUUCUACUGAUACCAAGUUUCAGCAUGAUAAAAUGAUGGACACUCAAACCUCCUUCCUCAUCUUCCUUAUAUCCUGUCCUACACCUGGUCUGGCCUUAUAUUUUUUGUUGGCUUUUCAUAAGUAAGAACAAUUUACUGUAGUAAUUUAGAGACUGCAGAAUUUCAAAAUGUUUAUCUAUAAGCCUUCCUUUGUUAAAGUUUGGUCACACAGUAAUAUUAGUUAAAACAAUGGAGUGAGUCUGAGUUUGUAAUAUGCUAUAAGAUAAAAUUUUGAAUGAUGUUAAACUUGACUGCCAUGUUUUAUUAAGAGCAAAUUGGGUUAUAUGGUGAGUGGGAGCUAGUCUAUGAUAUAUAUGUAAUCACUGUAUAAUUAGAAACACCAAAUGUUGAGUCCUAUCACUGUGUACUUGGGGGGCCAGGCUUUGGAUAUGGUUGUCAUUUUAAUUCCUUGAAGACUAUAUCAUUCAGAUGAGCAGAAGGCAAAGUUUUUAAACAAAAAUGCUUUUGGGGGUAUUUAAACUAUCUUCCCCCAAAAAAAAUUUACUACAAAAAACCUAGGGUUGAGAUUGAGAAGCUUCAAGCCGCUUUUUAAGCAGUUCGGUCACUUACAAUGUUUUAUGUUAAAGAAAUUGUCAUAAUUCUUUCUGAGCCAAACUGUCACUAAAAUGUCUUGUGACAGAACCACUCCUCUUUUUUCUGCCAUUCUGUGUAUUGGAAGGGUUCUAUGUUGUAUUUGUUUUUAAUCCUUGAUUUUAAAAUAUUAAUGGUUUUAGUGUUGCUUAGCUUCAGUUUGAAGUGUAACUUUCACUAAUAACUGCAAUAAAAAGAAAAGCUUU